CAGGAGCUGGUGACUUUUCUGGGUGCGUCUGUCACCAUUCCUGCCGGAAAACGACUUCCGACUGAUGGCUCUCAUUGUGUGGCAGUGAGCGGAACGGAAGAUACCUUUUUGGAGGGAGAUGAAGCAUUUGACGCUAUGAUCACUGGGACAGACCAAAGUGCCGUCGUUCUGUUGGAGCAUCAGACACUGCCACCGUUACAAUCACUGAUAACGAUGCUGGGGAGGUUGAGGUCGCUGCAGAUUCUGUGGGUAUCACUGAAGGUGGAGCAGCCGGCUCAGUGUGUGUGGUAUUGACGGGAACUCCUACUGAACUUGGUCAUCCUCUUGCAGUCACUGUGACAUCUGUGCUGAAUGCCGAUGCAGGAGCUGUUGACUUUUCGCUGGGUGCAUCUGUCACCAUUCCUGCCAGAACAACUCUUCCGACUGAUGGCUCUCAUUGUGUGGCAGUGAGCGGAACGGAAGAUACCUUGUUGGAGGGAGAUGAAGCAUUUGGCGCUAGAAUCAGUGGGACAGACCAAAGUGCCGUCGUUUCUGUUGGAGCAUCAGACUCUGCCACCGUUACAAUCACUGAUAAUGAUGAGGGAGUUGUGAAUCUAGAACCAAUUGCUACUGUUGUUGAAGGUGGAACUCUCAGUAUAUGUGUCAAUCUCAUAUGCUCUGGAAUCACUCUUGGUAACCCACUCAAUGUCAGUUUGGAUGUCAUUGAUAAUGAAAAGACAGUUGAAGGUGAUGACUACUCCCUUGGACCACACACAGUCCUGUUUGAUAACUUAGGGAUUGCCCUCCCUACAAUGCUAUGCACUAGUAUCAGCACUAUUGACGAUAAUAAUGUGGAAGGUCCCCACACAUUCACUAUUGACAUUAUGUCAGUUAGUCUCCCAACCAGUGUGUCAAUUCAGUCUCCCUCACAACAGAGUGCUACUAUAAGUGACAACGAUGAGGCUAAUGUUGGAUUUUCUCAAAGCACGUACGUGUUUGUUGGAGGAGCUGGAUCAGUAAACCUUGUACUAGUAGUGUCUCUGGUAGACACUGGUAUACUGGAGUGUCCCGUUGAAGUGAUGAUAGAGUAUAUGGAUGGUCCAAAAGCUAUUGUGGGAAUGGACUACCAACCAGGACCAACAACCUUCACUCUCUUUACCACAACUGCCAAUGGAGACACAAUUCUUGUGCCACUGGACAUUCUAAAUGAUACUGCUGUGGAAGGAAAUCAUACUUUCUUUGUGGAGGUGGUGGAUAGUGAUCUGGUGAUACCAGGACAGGCUGCCAACAUUGAAAUCAUUGACAAUGACUUUGCAACAGUUCAGAUGGCAGAAAUGGAGUAUACCAUCACUGAGGGUGGCUCAGUGGAGGUGUGUGUAGAACUCAGUCAUCUUCCUCCCGAUGGACUCCAGUGGGAAAUUGUUGUAACUCUGAGCACCACUGAUGGAGAUAAAGCAUUUGGUGGUGAUGACUUUAAUCCAACGAUGCUUCAUGUGACAUUCCCAAUAUUGUCAAUGGAGGGCAACACUGUUUGUGGAGAAAUAACUGCUACUGAUGAUGAUAUACUGGAGUGCAGUCAUAACUUCACUGUAGCCAUUACCUCUGCCACACUAGGAACUAUGUUUUCCAGUCCACUAUCAGACGCAACGAUUACUAUACUGGAUAACGACAAUGCUAUGGUAGAUUUCACUCAGACUGUCUUUGUGGCUAAUGAGGGAGAUGGUGUAAUAGAUAUCUGUAUGGUGCUUGUUCCACCUUCUGGUGGAAUGGAGUGUGACUUGACUCUAGCACUGGCUGUUGAGAAUGGAAAAGCUGUUUAUGAGGAGGACUUCUCAUUUCCUGAUCCUACACAGACCAUAGUAUUUAACGCUAGUACGUUACCUGUCACAUCGUGUGAAACAAUCAAUAUCGUCGAUGAUGCCAUGGUUGAGUGUGACCACAGUUUCACGGUAUGGUUUGAUUCUGUGGUCGACUGUGAGGUGGACCCUCCAAUUAUGUCCGAUACAUCAUCAACCUCUGUGGUUAUUAUCGAUAAUGAUGAAUUUAUUCUGGAAAUGAGAGAGGAAACAGUGACAGUUGACGAAGGGGUUGAAGACAACACACAGAUCUGUCUGACGUUGAAUAUAACUGGAAAAGGCAUUGUCCAGUGUAACCUGACAGUUUUACUUGGCACAGCUACAGGCACUGCAAAUUUGUUAGCUGAAAGAGGGGACUUUGUAGAGGGACCGCAUAUCAUCACCAUCCCACCAGGAACUGUUUCAGGCGAUGUCUGCACUGAUUUAAAGAGUAUUAUAGUGGAUGAUGCCAUUCUUGAGUCAACAGAGACUUUCAUUAUUACAAUUGAAGGAGUUAGUCCAUGUGGGGAUGUUGGCACUGUCAAUACUACAGUUGUACAUAUCACUGACAAUGACGAACUAAAGGCUGGGUUCUCAAACGACGUACAUGUCAUGCUGGAUGAAGGCAAUGUUGAGAGUGUUUGUGUGACAGUAGAAGGGUCAACUGAAAGACCUAUAGAUGAUAUUGUUGUUAAUGUAAAAGUGAUUAUUGGUGAUGAUUCUGACUACAAUAUUACUGGAUGUCCCCUGAUGUUCGGAGCUGAAGCUAGUUCAGUAAACACUAUUCAAGACCAAAAGCUGUGUUUCGAUUUCACAGCCGUUCAGGACUCCACCAAGGAAGAGGAAGAGAAGUUCAAGAUCUAUCUCUCAACCAUUGACCCUGGGAUUAAACUUUGCAGAGACCAAGGUCACAUCUCUAUCCGAGAGGAUCCUGCUGAUGUUGUGGUGAUGGCUCUGUCUGUGAUGAACAAUGGCAUUGUGAGUGAGGCGGAUGGGGCAGUGCUAGUGGCAGUUAGUCGGUACAUGGGAACAGAUCUGCAAACCGACAUCGUAGUCACUGUACACACCGAGGAAGGGACAGCUGAAAUGGGCAGUGACUAUAUUGCGAUAGCACAUGAUAUCAUUUUCAAUGAAGAUACAGGCCUCACACAGAUAGUAUACAUUCCCAUUAUAAAUGAUGAGUGUCUGGAGUACAAUGAGACCUUCAGUGUGACACUGUCUUCUAACAUGACCUGUGUCAGUAUAGUGGAUGAAAAUGUUACUAUCACUAUUGACGAUGAUGACACGGCCAAGAUCGCACUGGAUGAUUCAUUCUACAAGAAAAGCGAAGGUGAUGGAUCUGUGGAGGUCUGUGUACUACUGAAGACUGACAUUAAGCGCAGUAUUGAAUUUGAACUUGCGGUUAAUAACCUAACAGCACAAGAUGGCAGUGACUUCAACUCACCAGCAGUACUCAAUGGGGCAUUCAUUGUGGGAGGUGAUGCUGAGAUUUGCUUCGGAUUUAAUAUCAGUGAUGAUAACUGCGUGGAAGACAAAGAAUCAUUUGAAGUUGUUCUUUCAUCUUCUGAUCCUUAUGUUGACGUCCAAGUCCAUUUGGGCAUUAUCACCAUCUGGGACAAUGACUAUGCACUAUUCAAUGUUGAGAAUGCCACCUACUAUGUUGAAGAGAAUGAUGGACCAGUAUACCCAUGUGUUGUGAUAGCUGAUGGUUGUCUGGAGCGAGAUGUGGUGGUUGACUAUGCCACAUUUGAUGCUAAAGCACUGAGUGCUGAGGACUAUGAAGGCAGUACUUCCUAUGUAAAGUUCUUCAGUGGUUCAGUUGCUGGGGAUGAGCAGUGUGUUGAGGUUGUGAUAAUCAAUGAUGAUUAUAAGGAGGAGAGUGAGACAUUUACGUUUGCAAUCUACGCUGGAGGAGAUGCAUCUGUACACAUUCAUGAUUUCUAUGCCAUUGUUUAUAUCAUAGAUGAAGAGGUUGUACAGGUCUCUCUGUCGGUUGAAAAUGGUGGUUUAGUUGGUGAGGAUAAUGGAGUUGUUGUAGUAACUGUGACACUCACUGGAGACCUAAAGACAGAUGUCACACUCAACAUUGCCACUGUUGCUGGGACAGCUAUAGCUAACGAGGACUUUAGACCAGUGGAUCUGGACCUUAUCUUCAAUGAGGAAUCUUCUAAUACACUGAGUGUGUCUGUUCCAAUUCUGAACGACAUUUGUCUUGAAGAAGGUGGCGAAGACUUCUCUGUAGUGGCCACUAGUGAUAUGGACUGUGUUGAGAUAAUUGGUGGCUAUGUCAAUAUCACCAUUGAGGACAAUGAUAGGGCCAAGAUCACACUUGACGAAUCUUACUACAAAAUUAGCGAAGAAGAAGUUUCUCUUGGUAUUUGUGUACUGUUGAAAACUGAAAUUAAGCGGGAUGUCGACUUUGAACUCACUACCUAUAAUAUUACGGCAGAGGAUGGCAGUGACUUCAACUCACCAGCUGAACUCAAUGGGACAUUCAUUGUGGGAGGUGAUGCUGAGAUUUGCUUCACAUUUUAUAUGAAAGAUGAUAAUUGCGUGGAGGACAAACAAUCAUUUGAAGUUUUUCUUUCAUCCUAUGAUCCUUACAUUGAUAUCCAUAUCAAUUUGGCCAGCGUUGAAAUCUUGGAGAAUGACUAUGCACUGUUUGGUGUUCAGUAUGACUCGUACUUUGUUGCUGAGAAUGACGGGUCAGUCACACUCUGUGCUGAACUGCUGGAGGAUUGUCUAGAGCGAAAAGUCACAGUCAAAUAUGAAACAUUUGAUGGAACUGCUAAGAAUUACACUGACUAUGAAGGUCGUACGUGGCAUUUGACAUUUGAGAGUGGCUCAGCAGCUGGGACAGUUGACUGUGUUAAUAUUGGAAUCAUUUCGGAUGAUUCCAAAGAGGCGAAUGAAUCUUUUGUAUUUGGACUGUGUGCUGGAGGAGAUCCAUCUGUACACAUUGAUAAACGUUAUGCUGAUGUAUAUAUCAUCGAUGAGGAUGUUGUACAGGUCUCUCUGUCGGUUGAAAAUGGUGGUUUAGUUGGUGAGGAUAAUGGGGUUGUUGUAGUAACUGUGACACUCACAGGAGACCUAAAGACAGAUGUCACUCUCAACAUUGCCACUGUUGCUGGGACAGCUGUAGCCUAUGAGGACUUUAUACCAGUGGAUUUGAACCUGAUGUUCAAUGAGGAAACUCCCAAUAAACAGACUGUGUCUGUUCCAAUUCUGAACGACAUUUGUCUUGAGGAAGACGGUGAACACUUUUUCAUAGUGGUCACCAGUGACAUGGACUGCGUUGAUAUCGAUAAUGGUGAAGUCACCAUAAUGAUUGAUGAUGAUGACGUGGCCAAAAUAACUGUGGGUGAUUCCUACUACACGGGAAAUGAAAGUGAAGGAUUUGUGGACAUCUGUGUUCAGCUAAAGACUGAUAUAAAACGAGAUGUGCAAUUUCAACUACGUGUAAAUGAUGCAACAGCACAAGAUGGAAGCGACUUUGACUCACCAACCGUACUCACUGGAAUAUUCAGUGUUGGUGGAGAUGAUGAAAUUUGCUUCUUGUUCACUAUAAGUUCUGAUAACUGUUUGGAAGAUACGGAAUAUUUCUUAGUUGAACUUUCAUCUUCUGAUCAUGAUGUUGAUAUCCACAUCUCUACAGCUACGAUAAACAUCUUGGAUAGUGACUAUGCGACAUUUGGCGUACAAGAACAGGUGUAUUAUGUGGAGGAGAAUGCUGGAUAUGUCAGAAUAUGUAUUGAACUAGUUGAAGGUUGUCUUCAGAGAGAAGUGUAUAUUGAGUGCAAGAAGUUUGGUGCCACAGCAAUGGAUUUGUUGGGCAGCAAAUACCAAUUACACUUUGAGAGUGAUUCAGUGUCUGGGGUGGUGGAGUGUAUCGAGAUUGUGAUCAUAGACGACGACCUCAAGGAGGACAAUGAGUCUUUUCUGAUUUUUCUCUCUCCUGGACGCGAUAAGGCUGUUCACCUAGUAAAUAGCCAUGUGGAAGUACACAUCAUUGACGAUGACUGGGUGAAUGUGAUUCUUUCACUGGAGAACCAAGCUGGAACUGUUUUGGAAGGAAAUGGAGCUAUGCUUGUUCUGGUGGAAUUGGAGGGGGAGGUUUAUACUGAUGUUACAGUGAUAGUCCAGACUUCCAGCGGAUCUGCUUUUGAAGGCAUCGACUAUGUGUCAUUAACAGAAGAAAUUGUGUUUACCAAGUACUCAGAGAACCCAUACCAUCUCUAUAUCCCCAUUAUCAAUGACUGCGACUGUGUUGAGGAGUAUGAGUACUUCUCAGUGAACAUCACCACUGAUAUGGAUUGUGUCCAUUUACCAGUGGACCAUGUCAACAUCACAAUCGUAGAUGAUGACAUUCCGGUAGUAACACUCGAAAACAUGAUCCAUGAAGUCAAUGAGAGGGACACAGUUGUGUCUUUGUGUGUUGAGCUCAAAUCUUACUUAAAACAUGAUCUUGAGCUCCAUCUCCAUGUGUUAGGAGACACUGCAACUGCUGAUGAAGACUAUAAUGGAACAUCUCCACUGAAGCAAACAUUUGUCAGUGGAUCAAGUGUUGGAGAUAGAGUCUACUUUGACAUUAAGAUCUUUGAUGAUGAUAUUGUGGAAGAGGAUGAGUCAUUUUAUGUUGUGCUUGAAGCGGACGCGACAGCACACAUAAAAACUGCAUAUGUGCAAAUCACAGACAAUGACACUGAUUGUGUCGACUUCUCACAGUCAGUGUAUGAAGUAAAGGAGAGCAAUGGGUCUGUAGAAAUUUGUGUGGAGCUCAAUGGUACUCCAGAAAACUACCUGACAGUCAGUCUCUAUUCUAUUCCGGGUACUGCCACUGCUGCUGACUUUGAUCCACUGAGUGAGAGCCUCACAUUUCACCAGAGUCGAAGAGAGUGUGUAAACGUGGGCAUUGUGACUGGAGAUGCCCUUGAGGACGUCGAGAAAUUCUCGUUGGUUUUGUCUACUCAGGAUGAGCGCAUUGAAAUAAAGCACUACUAUGCAACAGUUUAUAUCAUUGAAGAUGACGCUGUCACAAUUGGCUUCAGUCAGAGUGUCUAUUCCGUGGAGGAAGAGGAUGAAAAUGGUGAUGGAAACAUUCUCGAAAUCUGUGUGCAGGCUGGAGAACUUGACCGAAAUGUUGAUGUUUAUGUGACCACCAGAACCCAGACUGCCAUAGCCGGCGAGGACUAUUCUGAUAUCCUUGCUGAACUAAGGGUGCUGAGGUUUAAGUUUCAGAACGUUGGUAGCAUCGCUGAGGAGCACUGUUUCAAUGUUACAAUUCUUAGUGAUCUUCUCGUGGAGAGCGACGAAGUGUUUUUGGUUAAACUCUCCACUGAUGAACCUCAAGUUGUACUUAGUCCAGAAGAGGCGGAAGUUGCCAUCAUCAACAAUGACCAUAUUGAUGUAAACUUGGUGUCAGCUGAUAUCACCGUACUGGAGAGUGAUGGAGUGGCACAAGUCUGUGUCAUUCUAACAAAUGGAAUUUUAGCCAUUGAUGUUGAAGUUCUUCUAAAGACUGAUGAUGAUUCUGCAAUUGCUGGAGAGGACUUUGUGGCCCAUAUGAAUACACCAUUGGUGUUCCCAUCUGGACAUACUUUUGGAGCCCAAGUUUGUAACGACAUUGUCAUCAAUCAAGACACCAAGCUGGAGGACGAUGAACGAUUCACAUUUUCACUGACUUCCAAUGGUCCUGUGCAAUUUGUUGCUAAUAACGGAGCUGUAACCAUUGAGGAUGAUGAC